GGUGACGGCCGGGGCCAUCGCCUGCCCGCCGGCUUUUCCCCCCCUUCCUGCCGGUCCGUCGCUCGCAGCCCGUUAAAAAGAGGAGGCAAGAUGGCCGAGCUGGGCAGCAAGGGGGUCACGGCCGGGAAAAUCGCCAGCAACGUCCAGAAGAAGCUGACCCGGGCGCAGGAGAAGGUCCUUCAGAAGCUCGGUAAAGCAGAUGAAACAAAAGAUGAGCAGUUUGAACAGUGUGUGCAGAACUUYAACAAACAGCUGUCCGAAGGCACGAGGCUGCAGAAGGACCUCCGAACUUACUUGGCUUCUGUCAAAGCUAUGCACGAGGCCUCCAAGAAGCUGACAGAGUGUUUGCAGGAAGUUUAUGAGCCAGAUUGGCCUGGGAGAGAUGACACAAAUAAAAUAGCAGAGAACAACGAUCUCCUAUGGACAGAUUUUCAUCAGAAGUUGGUGGAUCAAGCACUUCUGACCAUGGAUACAUACCUUGGCCAAUUUCCAGAUAUUAAGUCUCGUAUCGCGAAGCGGGGAAGGAAGCUUGUGGAUUACGACAGUGCCAGACACCACUUUGAAGCCCUGCAAACUGCAAAGAAGAAGGAUGAAACCAAAAUCGCAAAGCCUGUUUCGCUGCUUGAGAAAGCUGCGCCUCAGUGGUGUCAAGGGAAGCUACAAGCUCACCUCGUUGCACAAACUAAUCUGCUCCGAAAUCAGGCUGAAGAAGAGUUAGUAAAGGCUCAGAAGGUGUUUGAAGAGAUGAAUGUUGAUCUGCAGGAGGAACUGCCUUCGCUAUGGAAUAGUCGUGUUGGUUUCUAUGUCAACACAUUCCAGAGUAUAGCUGGCCUAGAGGAGAACUUCCAUAAAGAAAUGAGCAAGUUGAACCAAAAUCUUCAUGAUGUCCUGCUGGGUCUAGACAAGCAGUACUCAGGCAAUGCCUUCCCUGUUAAAGCACAGCCCAGUGACAGCACCCCAGCGAAAGCAAAUAAAAGCCCCUCGCCUCCACCAGAUGGAUCUCCCAUCACCAGCCCUGAGACCAAGACUGUCAACCAUGAGCUGGAGCCAUCCACUUUGGAAGCACCUGGGGCAAGCAUCCCAAAGUCACCGUCUCAGUUGAGGAAAGGGCCUCCAGUGCCUCCGCCUCCAAAAGUCACCCCCUCCAAGGAGAUCAAGCAGGAGAACAUCAUCAGUCUGUUUGAUGACAAUUUUGUCCCCGAGAUAAGUGUGACAACCCCUUCGCAGUUUGAUGCCCCUGGGCCCUUCCAGGAGGGAGCCAGCCUGUUGGAUCUGGAUUUUGAUCCCAUUAAACCAGAUGCUACUGUGGGGAAGACCCCCACGCCCGCCUCCCAGUCUUUACCUUGGGAUUUAUGGGAGCCUGCAGARGCAGCCCAUGCAGGAGCUGAAGCAGCUGGAUCAGAAGCAGCAGCUGGAGCUGAAGCUGACUCAGGAUCGAGCUCUCUGCCUGCUGUUGUUGUGGAAACUUUCCCUGCAACUGUCAAUGGCACUGUGGAAGGAGGUGCUUCAUCYGAGAGAGCUGACAUGCCCCCAGGAUUUCUAUUCAAGGUACAGGCCAUGCACGAUUACACAGCCACCGACAGCGAYGAGCUGCAGCUGAAGGCCGGGGACGUGGUGCUGGUGAUUCCCUUCGAGAACCCUGAGGAGCAGGAUGAAGGAUGGCUGAUGGGUGUGAAGGAGUCUGACUGGAUCCAGCAUAAGGAACUUGACCAAUGCCGAGGGGUUUUCCCUGAGAAUUUCACAGAACGGGUGCAGUGAAAGCCCAAGCCCACCAGCUGCGUUUCUGCUGGAAGAAAGCAAGUUUUCUGGUAGAUAAUUGAAAAAGAACAACAAAAGGAAAAGAAGAGAGAAUUUUAAAGGAAUAGMAGCCUGAAAAAAAGGUCUACUUAAAGGGUGUGUUCUUCUCAAAGGGCAAGGUUUCGGAAGUUAAUUGAAAUUCAAAGUGUUAUUGAAAUAUAUACGUAUUAAUAAUAAUAAGGCAAUUCAGAUACCCUUUUCCUCCUUUGGUUUAAACAGCAUUUGGAUUCAAAGGACUGAUGCAGAAGCGACUCAGUGUGGUUCUCCAGGUACUGCAUUGACUGAAUUGUCAGAUGUCAGUCUGAUUCCUGGAAAGCCAGUAUUUGUCAAAUGGCUUGAGAGUAGAAGCUGCAUUUGCUCUUGGGUGGGUUAAUCUAUUUUGUCUUGAAGGUGGUUUGCAUGGCAACCAUAAAAAUUCAGCCUUCCYGACAUGUUCAACCUACAGUAGGCCAAACUUUCUGUUACGCUGUUGAAAAAAAAAAUUAGUGUAUAGUGUUCACCAAUACAAUGUAUGUGUGUGUGUGUAUUUUAUUUUCUUYCUUUAAAACAAUGUUACAUAAACUGCGAUUUUACACAUGUAAAGAUAGAAGAAAAUUACAUGGAAAGGGCACGAAGAAGGUGAAAUGUGUGAGGCUGUGCUCAGUCCAGAGUUCUUUCAAAUGCAGACUCCUAAAUUCUCACAGUAGUGUUSGCCUGUGAAAUCCUAAGGGGAAUGGACAAAUUCAAGAGGAGAAAUAAGAAAAAACAAACAGUAACCAUUUGGAUGUCUCUGAAAUUUAGGAAAAGGAAUUAAUUCCCUGUCACACAUCCCCAAUCCCCACUCCCUACCCCCCCAAAAAAAAAACAAAACCCAAGCCCAAACCUAUAGGUGGUUUCAGAAAAGCUUAGAUUCAUGUAGAUGGAAAAUAGCUCUAAAAUCUACUGGUUAGGAAAUUUGCUUUUAAAGACAGAGAUAAGGGAAUUUUUUUUUUCUGUAAGAAUAUCAAAGAAAAAACACUGAGAAAAAACAAAUUGUUUUCUGUGCUUUUCAUUGGCAUUGUUUUUUUGUGGAACUGUAUAUCUUAUUUUCCUUUGAAGAGUUCUGUAAGUGAAAUAUCAUUAGAUCAGCUUUCUCCAGUGAUGUGCUGAUGAUCAAGUUAGCUUCUAUGAAAACUGGACUCUAGAAUUUCUAGUUUAAAAUGGCUGUGUGACUUCAUGCUAUUGUAAUGCAUUAGAAAGGAAGGCAGGAAUAUCAAAGUGUCAGUGUCAAGAAGACACUCUGCAGUCUAAUACUGAUGCUGAGUCCUUUCCUUUACCUUUGCUUCUGUUUGUUUUUUGAGUUUAGAUUUUUUUUUUUUUU